AUUCAAGAAUGCAUACGAGAAGUCAACAAACAUAUGCAAUUUUAGCGACAAGGAAAAUGUAUGGCGCUUGAGGAAGUGUCUUCGGGGACCUGCAAAGGAAGCUGUCUCCGCCUUGUUGAUCACCAGUACUCCACCUGCAAAUAUAAUAUCCACAUUAGAAUUGCAAUUUGGAAACCCGGAUGUUAUAUUAACGAAAAUACUCCACGAAGUCAAGAAACUUAAUUCUUUAUCUCCAGAGUACUACAAGGAUGUAGUGCCUCUGUACGCGCACUGAAGCGCGAUGAGUACCUACAGGGCGUUACUGUGGUCAACAUAGUUUUGUCGAAGUUACCCACGAUUCUAUUAUCGCAGUGAACUGACUACAGUUACCCAUUGAUAUCUGCAAACGAAAAGCCUCGGCUAGAAAUAUUAUCGGACUUCUUAAAUGACGAAGCUACAAAAGUGUCUACUUGCAGUGCUAACUUAAUAAAUGUUCGAUGGGACAAUAAACGUACUUACCAUAGUGACAAUUAUACUUCGCGUACACAAACUGUUUUAUUACAAAAAAACGAACUGAGUGAUAAAAAGUGCCGAUUGUGUCAAAAGUUUACGCAUAAAUUAACGGAGUGUAAAAAAUUUAAAAGUACAUUGUGUAAAAAUCGUUGGAACUAUGUAAAACACGCGGGCAUAUGUUACAAAUGUUUAUUAUCGCGACAUGACCGGCAGACUUGUCCGGCGGCCGUGUGUGACGUUAACGAGUGCGGGCGACCUCAUCACCGCCUGCUACACUACGAGCCGACAUCUCGCGUCGCAGUGCCCACGGAGCCUGCCGUAAGCGCUCCUGAAGAGACUGAAACCAGUGUACAAAGUGAAUCGGUUACGCUAAUAAACACAAAAAAUAACUAUACAGUGCUACUCAAAAUAGUGCCAAUAAACAUUCAUGGACCCAAUGGUAUAUUUAGUGCGUCCGCGUUACUCGAUGACGGCUCCACGGUGUCCAUGAUGAGCGCCUCCCUAGCAGAGCGCGCAGGGCUCCGCGGCCGCAAGCAGGCGAUGCGAGUGCGCGGCGCGUGGGACACUGAAAUAUCGUGUGAAUCUGAAAUAGUGGACUUGACUUUAUCAAACAAAAUUGGUGAAAUAUUUAAAAUUAAUAUACGCAGUGUUAAUAACCUCUGCUUACCCACACAAAACUUACCGUGUGUGCGGUUUGAAAACUAUAACUACUUAAAUAAAAUUAAAGGUGAUUUGUGUCCCGGUCUACAGAAACCGGAAGUUUUAAUCGGGCAGGACAAUUACAAUUUACUCUUGCCGCUGGAAAUUAUAACUGGCAAACCAAACGAGCCAUGUGCCACUCGUACGCCAAUGGGUUGGUGCCUUCAUGGAAUAAUACCUAAAUCUUUCUCUUCGACUCUGCAACAUUCCACUCUUCUCAUUACCGCCGGUUGUGAAGAUAAGUACGAUGACAGCUGCAAUCUUCAAGAACUCCAUGACGAUGUGCGUCGUUAUUUCUCCAUAGAAUCCAUGGGAGUUUCUUCUUCUAAACCGCGCCAGAACGUAGAAGAUUUGUGUGCCUGGAAACAUUUAGAAAAUACAUCUACAUUAAUUGAUGGUAAAUGGCAAGUGGGCUUACCUUGGAAGGACAACAACUGCGUGAUGCCUGACUCGUUGCCGACAGCCGUGGCACGCCUCAGGGGUGUCGAGCUGAAAAUGAAAAAGGAUAAAGAUUAUGCACAUAGAUAUCGCGAACGAGUACAACACCUUCUGUCAAACAAUUGUGCUGAAGAACUUAAAAAUGGAAAAAACUCUGUGCCAAGAAUUUGGUACUUACCACAUUUCGGGGUCGACAACCCUAACAAAAAGAAGUUGCGAUUAGUGUUCGACGCUGCUGCAAAAACAUCCAAUUUGUCGUUGAAUGAUUAUCUCCUAAGAGGACCUGAUCUACUUCAGUCAUUGUUCGGCAUUAUGUUACGAUUUCGUGAAAAUAAAAUAGCUGUAACAGGGGACAUAAAGGACAUGUUUUUAAGAAUAAAAAUUCGCCCUGAAGACCAAAAUGCGCUGCGAUUCAUCUUUAGAGACAACCCUACAGAGAAAUUCAGCCCUGAAGUUCAAGAACCUUUAAAAACCUACGCGAUGACGUCACUAAUAUUUGGCGCUAACUGUUCACCAUUCAUCGCUCAAUACAUAAAAAACAAGAACGCGCAGCGGUUCACUUCAUCUAUGCCUACGGCCGUCGCAGCUAUACAUACACAACAUUAUAUGGACGACUACAUUGAUAGCUUACCCGACGAACGCACUGCGAUACAACUGACGAAAGAAAUAACGCAUAUCCACGCGCAAGGAGGAUUCGAAAUACGCAACUGGAAUAGUAAUAGCAAAAUAGUGCUCGACAGUCUACCGAAAGAGACCCUAGGAGAUGCCGCCGUGAGAUUCAAAACAGGCCAACAAAAUGACGGCGAACGAACACUCGGUUUUAUAUGGAUUCCGGAAGACGACAGUUUGCGAUUCGAUUUAUCGUUCAAAAAGAUUCCUAAGAAUAUAAUUAACGGAACAAAAUACCCCACUAAAAGAGAAAUGUUACGGGUAGUUAUGUCGAUAUUUGACGUAUAUGGAUAUUUGUCACCACUUACCAUAAUAGAAAAAAUAAUACUACAAGAAACAUGGAACUCAAAUAUCAGCUGGGACGAUCCAGUUACUGCCGAAACUUAUACAAAAUGGUAUAAAUGGAUACAACUUUUAGAAAUAAUACGUGAUAUCAGGCUGCCGAGACACUAUCCGGCCGCCACGAGAGUAAAAGGGACAGCAACAGGGCCCCACAGCGGGACAUGGACGCCGCCGCCGCAGAUAUCUGCUACGCCUUUGACAUGCGUCUACACACCGCCGCUACGCAUUGGCUACGCGGACGGGAAUGCUAAUCGAUCGGCUACGAAUUUUUAUAAACAUUUGCAACUGCAUAUAUUAUUUUGCGAUGCAUCCGAGAAAGCUUUCUGCGCCGUCGCCUACUGGAGAUGGAUUGAUGAUACAUCGAACGCGCGCGUAGCGUUUAUCGCGAGCAAGUGUCGAGUCGCUGGAAAUAAAGUAAUAACAAUACCACGACUGGAACUACAAGCGGCCGUGUUGGCCGCCAGAUUGGCCGAUUCAAUUACUAAGGAGCAUAAAAUGAUUGUUGAGAGUCGCAUAUUUUGGACUGAUUCAACAACUGUAUUACAUUGGAUAAGAAAUAAUGCCCGGAACUACCAAAUAUAUAUAGCUAACCCAAGCAAUGGCGAGUUUCUCAGCGUCUGGCCGACAUGUUCUGGAAACGAUGGGUCAGAGAGGUAUUGCCUGAUCUUCUACCCAGGAAAAAGUGGGCCAAUGAUGCGAGACCCCUUCAGCCCGGAGAUUUUGUCCUCAUCGUGGACCCUGAUGGGCCCCGGAACAUGUGGCCAAGGGGAAUCAUACGAGAGGUAUAUCCAAGCAAAGAUGGUCGAGUAA